UUUCCGGUAACAUUCGUCUCCAGGGUGAUGUUUCAAAAUGGCGAUACCAGGAGUGAAAUAUGACGAUGGGGGUGUUGGAGUUCCUGGCAAUUGCUUUCCUGUCAGAAGUAUAUUCAAACAAUCUGAGGAAGGAGGAGGCGCAUGGCUGGUCUCAUUACGAGCAGAACAGCGUCGCCGCUUCAAGGCUGUUCUUUGUUCAAAGCCAAAGACAUACUCACAGAUCAAAGAAGAGAAAAAGCAAUCAGCUGCCCCAAUAAGCACUCCAAGACUACAGGGCAAUCUCAGUGAUGAAGAGGAAGGAGAGACUUUAGAUGGCUUCUACUUGAUGAAGCACAGCUGUGUAGAGGACCCCUCAGACCUGUGUUCUGUGAACAUCUGUGGGAAAGGAAUCACUGAGGUGAAGGAGGAAGAUCUGGGCCUCUUUGACAAUGUGGCUUAUGUCAAUGCAGGGGAAAACUUCUUGCCAUUCGAGGCAUUCCGUGGUUUCCCAAUUAUUCGUGAAUUAGAGAUUCCACUUAAUGGGUUAAGAGGAAUACGUAUUACACGCAAGGACUUUCCUCAUUUGGAGGUCCUUGAUCUGUCAUAUAACAACCUGGCCAAGGAAGAUAUUCUAAUGCUUGGCGUCAUUCCAAAACUUAGGGUGCUACAUUUAACAGGGAAUAAUUUUAAAGAGCUUCCACCUGAUCUAGCUCAACCUUUUAAAUCAGAAAAAGAGAAAAGAAUGGAAAGAUUUCCUGCUUUAGAAAUAUUAUUUUUAGAUGACAACAAACUGUCUGAUCUUUCAACUUUUUCUGCAUUAGCCGGACUGAGGAGGCUGCGUCACCUCAGUCUGGAAAAGAACAACAUUUUCUCAGUGCCACAGCUGAGGUUGGUGGGAGGUAGACUGAUUACGCAAGAAAGUCCAGCCUUCAAGAAGAUGAAGAAAAGCAAGACACCAAAGUCCAGGCCACUCAGUGCUAGAAGUCAAAGAAAAAUGGAGGAAGAAGACAGAGAUGCCACCAAUAUCACACUUGAUGAGCUAAAAGCAAAGUUAGAGCAGCUGGACAGGGAGGAGGCCGCUGAGUCUGCAUACCAGAGGGCAGUAGCAGAAGAGACAAGCCACAUCCAAGCCGUAGAACAGCAGCAGCAAGCACUGAGAGCACAGACACCCUCUGGAAACCAGCAAAUACCCCCUACAGAGAAACAAACAGCCAAUGAGGACAUACCCCCAGCUGAGGUGCUUCCAUCAGAGCAGCAAGUACCCCCUGCAGAGCAGGAAAUACCUCCAGCUGAUGUCCCCAAAUCUGGUCAAGAUGCAGCCCCAGAAGUGCAACAGGCUCCUCCUAUGGAAAACCAAGUUCCCUCAUCCAAUCAGAACACAGCUCCAGUUGAACAGCAGGCACCCCCUGCAGAGAAUCCUGCAGCCAAUCAGGACUUACCUCCUGCAGAGGUCCCUCUGCCCAAUCAGAACACACCAUUAGUAGAGCAGGAAAUGGCACCUGCUGAGAUACCAGAGUUGCCAGAGUUACCAUCUCCUUUUAUGACAGAGAGAGCGAACAUCCCCCCUGCAGAGUCUGUGGAGCCUCGCAUUGACAUUCCCGCAGACCAGGCUGAUGCAGACGGGAUCGCCAUGCCACCCCCCUUCCCUGAGCUCCAGUACCUUAAUCUGGCAUUUAACCAGAUUGAAGACCAAGAAGCCCUCCUUCCCGUGGCUGCCUGGCCCAUGCUCAAUGAACUGGUCAUCCAUGACAACCCGCUGACCACUCGGAACAGUGGUGACCCCCCGAUACUGAAGCAGUACCUCCAGGACAGGCUGGGUAUCAGGGUGGUCAGGAAGAAACCACAGCCAGCCAUUAAGCCACAUGUGGAGGUGCCACAGAAGGCCAGCAGGAAGGUUAAGACAGUGGUGCCACCUAUUCCACGAUGCAAUGUUGAUGAACUGCUGGCACUCGAGGCACCAAAGAGGAUGAGAUCCCUCCCCUCCUCCGCUCCUUCCUCUCGCAAUGUCACCCCAGGGGGAAUGGACCCCAGUAAACCCCUCCCUCCCAUUGCCCAGUCUCCAAAGCAGAGGUCAAGACCACAGUCUGCUGGGUCAGUACCACAUGACAUGAGGUCAGAGGUCAAGGGUGAAAGGUCAAACCAAGAGCCAGGAGAGGCAUGGCCUCCUCAGCAACAAGAAACUGAAGAAGAUGGAGAUACUUUCUUUAUGACACAGAUUGAUGAAAACAUCACAAAAGAUCAACCUAGGCCUCCAAAGGAGACUCAGAAACCUGAAAAACAAAGGAAAAAGAAGACUGUCCCGGGGCAUUAUAAGGGAUACGAAAUUUUGUUAGAUGCACCAGAGGACCCCAAUACUCAUAUCCCCAAAGACCUUCAAGGCAGUGUGCGUGCCCUAAAACAGAUGCUGGAUCACCCCAUAGUGUUCAGGGACAAUGUGGUCCAGCUGGACAGGAUACAAAAGCCUUUUGAACCAUAUAAACAGCAUAAAUACCUUAGUGAUGUCCCUCCCAAAACAUACCAAGAGAAAGUAGACGACAUGCUGACGGAGAUGAAGACAAGGACCGCGGUAACAGAGGCUCCACUUAACGUGGCUUUGAAGGACAAGAGAAAGAUGAAGGACUUUCCUGAGGCACCUACUUUACUUGGGGAUGUCCAGAGAAAAUACAAUGCUGUGAGAACAGCAUCCAUGCAUGACGCCAGGGAGGCUAGGAAAGCACUGAAAUCCACUUUAGAUGAAGUGUCUAAGAAAAACCAGAAAUAGCAUAAUGUAUGACAAUACUUCCAGUAUGACACUUUGUUGGUGUAAUUACGUAACAUGUCAUUAUUGAAAAAUGUGAAGCAUUGUUUAUCAGAUUAGAUGCUUUCACAGCCAGAAGCAGUAACAGUUGAAUUUCUGACAGAUUUGAGGGCAAGAACACAGCGCCAUUUACGUAUUAUUGUACAUACGUUUAGAGUUGGUGCUGCUGUCUUUUGUGUGUGGAGUACACUUUUAACACAUAUGUGCUGCCCUCUUUUGGUUGGACUGAACUUUGAAUUGCUGACAUAAUGUUAUGUGAUUUAAUCAUUAAAACAGUGGAUAAUCAUGAUUAACAAAAUUAUCCUUACGUCACUGUGUACGUGUAUCAUAUGAAGUGAGCUAUGAUUGCCAUAAUGAAUUUGGAGUCAAAUUUAUGUAUAUUUAUUAAGAAAAUGUAAAAAGUGUAAUAUAUCUUUAAAAAUGAA